AUGAUUAGCUUACAGAGGGAUUCCGAUUGGAAACGGAUCCGUACAGUAAUUUCUCCCACAUUUACGAUCGGAAAACUCAAGCGAAUGACUCUUUUGAUAGUGGAAUGCGUGGACACUAUGAACGACAACAUCGACAAAAUCAUUGCCAAAGGUAAUGGCAAACUCACGGCACCGGUAGACAUGAAACCAGUUAUCGGUGCCUACAUUAUGGAGUCUAUAAUACAAGUGGCUUUCGGCCGCAAAGUGUCAUUUCUGGACGACACUAAAAACCCUAUUAUAGAGAAUUGUCGCAAAAUGUUAAGUCGGGGUUUUGUUUCUAAUAUAAGAAUUGCAAUUAUACUGAUGACACCAAAAGUGGCUAAAAUGUUCAAGCUAACCAUAUUUAGUAAAGAAAUUACGGAAUUCUUUCGUAAUCUUACACUCAAACUAAUCGACGAUACGAAACGUGUUGUGGAAACCGGAACUCCGGUAAAGAGGGUUCACUUUCUGCACCUAAUGCUUGAAUCAAUGAAAGCUAAUAAUAAUGAGGCGAUGAAUGGGUCCGAAGAAUAUGCGGACAGUAAGAGUGGUGAGAAAUAUGAGGACAUACAGGCCACGGAUGAUAUGGUGGAUAAAAGCCUUUCAUACGACGAGCUCAUAGCCCAGUGUAUGGUGUUUUUAACGGGCGGGUAUGAGAGCACUGCUAACACUCUGUCCAUAUGUUUGUAUAGUAUUGCUAAACACCCGGAAGUUCAACAAAAAUUAUACGAAGAAAUUAAUAAGUUUUUUGAGCAAAAGAAAUCAAGUGACAAGUCGUCCGAAACACUAUAUUCAUUGAAAUACAUGGACGCAGUCAUCGACGAGACUCUGAGACUAUUUCCGGUACUCAUGUCCUUACAGAGAGCUCCCGGUGAGGACUACGAGCUAAAGGGCACCGGUAUUACUAUUAAAAAGGAUCACGUGUGUUUAGACCGGAAAGUCCACAAUCCCUAUACGUAUUUGCCAUUUGGUGCCGGCCCUCGAAACUGUCUGGGCAUGCGAAUGGCUAUGUUGGAGAUUAAACUAGCCCUGGUCAAUCUCGUACAACGUUAUGUUUUCCACGCAACAGAGAUCAAGGUGUUUCCG